GGCAGUUGUUGUGGUGCUCUGUGUGAGGGCGGAGAGGUUCAAUCAGACUCCUGUGGCAGAGUUUUUUAAUUGGCUGCUGAGAGAGUCUUUACCACUGGUCAGAACUGUCCACACAAACGAUGCGUGCACUGGUGCUUGCGACUGUGGUGGUGGUAGUGGCUGCGGGCUAUGGUCCACCCAAACCCGUUUCCAACCCAUUCACUCACGGUAACGGAGGCUCCAGCAGCAGCGGUGGUGGAGGCUGCGGUAGUGGCGGCUGCGGGAACAGCGGCUGCGGUAGCGGUGGUAGCGGGUGCGGCGGAGGCGGCCGCCACACAGGCCGUAACAUGUAGCGGGAGCGGCUGCGGUGGUGCGCCGAGUGGUGGCGGCAGCGGGUGUUCGGGGCCAGGGUGUCCCCGACCUCCCUCCACUAACUCAGGCCCUUACUGGUGGCAGGGAGAAAACUCCCCCUUUAAGCAUUCUCCAGGUAAGGUCAGCACACCAGCAAGACCCGGGGCACAGUGCGGCAAUGGCGGCAGCUGCUCUCCCACACCCUCACAAGGCUCCCCACCACACCAGACCUUCGUGCAGUCCGCCCCACCACAGGCGACCGGCACACAAUCCAGACCAUCACGGCUGCCUGUGAUCCCACCCACAGAGCAGAACCUAGUAGUGCGACCCAUGGGCAUCUGUCCUGUGAGGUUUGUUUGCGUCCACUGGCAGUUGUGUCGUAACGGAAACGUGAUCGCGGACGGCACCGGCAACAUCAACAAGAGGAUCAAGGAAGUCCCCCCGCAGGUAAGGGCGUCGUACACUAGCUGUGGUGGGGACAUGGUGUGCUGCGGCGUCCCCAGCGGCUCACUGGCACCAGGGCCCUCCAACCCCUCUCUCCCAUUUCCGUUCCCACCAACCGGACCAGCUUCAAGCUCAACUGGACAAGCUUCAUUCCCAAGUGGACCAGCUCCAAGCUCAACUGGACAAGCUUCAUUCCCAAGUGGACCAGCUCCAAGCUCAACUGGACAAGCUUCAUUCCCAAGUGGACCAGCCUCACGCCCAAGUGGACCAGCUUCAAGACCAACUGGACAAGCUUCAUUCCCAAGUAUACCAGCCUCACGCCCAAGUGGACCAGCUUCAAGCUCAACCGGACCAGCUUCAUUCCCAAGUGGACCAGCUUCAUUCCCAAGUGGACCAGCCUCACGCCCAAGUGGACCAGGUUCAAGCUCAACCGGACAAGCUUCAUUCCCAAGUGGACAAGCUUCAUACCCAAGUGGGCCAGCUUCAAGACCAACUGGACAAGCUUCAUUCCCAAGUGGACCAGCCUCACGCCCAAGUGGACCAGGUUCAUUCCCAAGUGGACCAGCCUCACGCCCAAGUGGACCAGGUUCAAGCUCAACCGGACAAGCUUCAUUCCCAAGUGGACAAGCUUCAUACCCAAGUGGACCAGCUUCAAGACCAACUGGACAAGCUUCAUUCCCAAGUAAACCAGCCUCACGCCCAAGUGGACCAGCUUCAAGGCCAACCGGACCAGCUUCACGCCCACCUGGACCAGGUUCAUUCCCAAGUGGACCAGCUUCAAAGCCAACCGGACCAGCUUCACGCCCACCUGGAUCAGGUUCAUUCCCAAGUGGACCAGCUUCAAGGCCAACCGGACCAGCUUCACGCCCACCUAGACCAGGUUCAUUCCCAAGUGGACCAGCCUCCUCAAGCCCACAACCUUCCCGGCCCUCCUCCGGAACACCCCAAAGACCAGCUGGUCCCAGACCACAGUCCACCAUCAUCAACCAGGCCAGGCCAGUCGCUCCCGGCCAACCAUUCUUCCAGCCCGGUGCCCCAAAUGGGCAACCAGCACAACCACGCCCACAAGUUCCCAUCAGCAACCCCAUCGGCAUAACGGGUCCUCCCAGCCCCCAACCAACACCCAUGGGAGGAAUGAUGAUGGGCAUGAUGCCCAUGAGGUCAGGGUCGUGCAGCGCGGGCACCUACUGUGUACCCCCCAGCACGUGUAACCCCUACACUGGCUUCAUCAUCAGGAACAACAGCAUGUUGAUGGCCGUGUGGCCAGGUGCACCAACCGUUCCUCUGCUGCCUUGCUUCGUCCCAGAUGGCUCCAUCACCAAUGGUGUUUGUUGCCAGGAGGCUCACCCUAAUGCUGCAGGCGCCGACUAAGUCACGUCCACUCCAACGCCCACGGACAAGUCACACGUCCAAGUCAUCUGCAACGCCAGUUCUUUGAUUAAUCUUAUUCUAGAACAACUACAGCUACUACUCCACGCCCACGACGCUAAAUAUACCAUUAGCAUCAAUGCCCUGUCUACCUAUACGGCAAAGCCUUGAAAUUAGUGCAUGUCUACUACUGUAGGAACACUCGUGUAAUAUCUGUAACUUCCGUAUUUAGAUUGUAACAAAACUCAGGCGAGAGCAGCAAAAUGUUCUCAUCUCUAAGCUAUGGUCGUCAACAGGAAGACUUCAAACAAAGAAUAAAAAAAACGCCACAUUACAUAAGUUAUCAUGACAAAUUCCUUUCCUGUGACCAAGAAUUUAUCAAUUUUCUUUAAUAUAACUCUUUUAACUCUAAGGAAAUUUUUUUACUGAAAAACGACAUUAUUUCAUGUGAUUAUAAAAUUGGGUAAUGAAUAAAAAGAAAUCUAUGGCAGGAUCAUUCAAAAAAUAGAUAAAUUAGUAAAAAAAAAAAGCAAUGAUAAGAGUUAACAUGAAUAUACGACAUAAAGGAAGGAGUUAGAGGGCAUUACAAGGCGUGAAUAUAAAAUUUACAAUUAAUAGGCGGCAAACCUUUGAUACAACAUCUACCUGGUCUUUCACAUACAUGCGUCAAAGACACAAUGGCUACAACAGAAUACAAUAUUGAUUUAUUAAUUAAAAUUUAUGAAUUAAAAAAAAUAUAUAUACUUGUAUAUAACAAGCAGAAUAAAUAUGAGUUGUGAUUUAUGUUAUAGACUUAGUAAUACCGAUAUACUGUUUACUUCAAGUAAUUUGUUUAAGUGUUCGUGUAGCAACAUCCAGCUGAGAUCCACACAUUUGUUUACACUUACAAAAACGCCAUGAAGUAAAAAAAAAUAUCACAAUAAAAUUACUCAUUUGUCUUGUGGUCAUCACACGUUAGAACUAUGUACAGUACAGUAUAUCAUAAUGUUGACUGCCGCAUCAUAUAUACAUGUAUGGGGUCAUUUUUACAGGGUUAUAUAUUGUACAAGUUGUGAGUUAUUUUCUUACUUAUACUUGUUCAGUUUUAAUUUAAAGAAAAUACUUGUUUGUUAUUCACUGUCAUCUACAAAUUUAAGACCAGAACUCAGUCUUAUAUUUUGUUAUUAUUUUCAAAUUAAAUUAUUGCUACUGUAAUGGAAAAUCAUUCAUUAGUUUCUCAGAUGUAUAUGAUAUAGAACUUAUGAAAACAAGAUGAACGAUUUAAUGGUAUUAUGAGUUGCCGGCGAAAACAUCCAUUCAAACGCAUCUCGAUUUUAAACUGAAACAAUUAUUGGAACACAAGAUGAACUCUUCUAGUGUAGGUAUAAAUUAUUGUUUUACUUUUACUUUGUUUGACCUUUUCAUUCGUUUAUAUUUUUCUAUUGUUGUUUUGUAUAUUUUCCUUACCUAUUACACUGUAUAUUCCAUUAUUUUGUCUUUUCUUCCCCACUACAUUUAUUCUUCUUUCUCUGAAUUUAGAUGUUGUAUAUAAAUAAAUGAUUAAAAUCUUCAUAAAUUAUAUAAUUCAUUUAUUGAGAUUUGAAUUCAUGACGAAGAAAAGGUUUUAGUCGAUUAUUUUAACAUCAGAAAGUAUAUAACAUUACCAUACACAGGACUGCUAUGUAAUAAUAUCUACAUAUAUUGUUGAAAACAGAUGACAAGGGCCUUUCAAACCUAACAUUUCUAACCUAACCAAACCAAAAUUACGCCAGGCUUGUUAGGUUAGUUAAGGUUAGGUUUGAUUAGUUAAAGUAUGAAAAUAUAUGGUUUGGCGGUUAUGUUUGUGGUACUCUGGCAACAUGGUAAGUCUUCCAGGGACUACUGCACUACAGUACAUAGGAUGUUCUAUUAUUUAUAACUCAUUCAUUUCUGUUUAAUAAAAAAAAUGUAUCAGUG